UUUAAGUCGUAUGCUAUUUUUCAGUCGAAGCAGUUUUAAUUUCCAAUUACCCUGGAACAGCUGAGGAUUUGUUCUCCCCAUGUGGAAGAGGAUUUUUUGGCCACCGGCGGUUGUCCUGGUUGAUUAAUUUGUCAAUUACAUUGAUUUAGUGAUGUGACGAGACACGUGUCGUUUAUCGUUUGAUGAUCGCAUGAAACUUUCAGGACCGGAUAAGAAGGAUAUCAUUGUGUGGCGCACAUCAUCAUCAUUGUGUUUAUGGCGUCGCACGUUGCGCAGUUGUGUGUGUGGGGGUCACAGGGUGCGACACGCUCCUAACAGCUGAGAGGCGUUCUCCUCUGACUCGGUCGAGCGUGCCAUCAUUGUCUUAUGGUCACCCCUGUUAUUAUGUGCAGUGUGGGUGGUGUUUUUUAAAUACUUUAUGCUCAUCUGUUCUUAUAUAUAUAUAUAUUUUGCUUCUGGCGCGUCCUGCUUCCUUUUCAAAAUCGCCCUUCCCCAACUCCACAUUUUUAUAUUACUAGUACUGAGUGACAAAAAGGCUGACAUGACGUGUGAACUUAGGUAUAUGUAGUGGGAGGCGACUAUUAAAUUAAUCGUUAAGCCCCGGGUAUGGUGUAGGACUGUCCGUAGGACUAUUGUUUAAGGGGCGGCGGGUAGUGUGUAGGACUGUCCGUAGGACUAAUGCUUACAAGGCCGGCAGGUAGUCUGUAAGCCAACUGUUUAAAGGCCGGCAGGUAGUCUGUAGGCCAACUGUUUAAAGGCCGGCAGGUAGUCUGUAGGCCAACUGUUUAAAGGCCGGCAGGUAGGGUGUAGGACUGUCUGUAGCCCUAUUUCUCAAAGACCCGGAACCGGUUUAAAAAACGGGCCCCCCGGUUACUCCCUAGUAUUAUUAUAUUCUUGUUUGGAUUAACGAUACAUUAAACGUGCUUGAAUUAAACAAGUGUUUGUGUAAAUACGAGGCAAAUUUCACUGAUGUCAUGUCAAUGAGGUAAACCUAUAUGGUUAUUAAGACUUAGGUUCAGUACACUUUUCUCUCUCUUUCUGAAUUCAGGGUAAGAUGUAAAUAUAAAGCGGUGUUGGCAGGAAACAGGGGUCCUCUAGCUCGGCCUGACAACGGUCCUCAACUCGGCCUGUCUGGGCGUCGCUCGGUUACAAAGAGUAGCCGGACAAUGAAGAUCUAUUUAGCCAAAAGCAGGCCCAUAUUUCCCAUUGAAAUAUUACCGUUUUUUCGCGUACUUAAGACGCGUCUUAUACAAAGUUUUCCGUACCCCGCACCCAGGGUGCGUCUUAUAUAUGGGUGCGUCUUAUGUCAAAUAUGUUUUACACAAGUCAUCAAAACCCACGUCUUAUAAAUGAGUGCGUCUUAGCUUAUAAUUAAGUGUGUCUUAUAUGCGCAAAAAUACGGUAAGUAUUUUUUUAACACAAACGAACGGUACAGUGUGUGAUAUUGAAGGACGAUUAUUGCGGUAGAUGUUCACUUUUCACGAUUUUCAUUCUUAGUUGUAAAAACAAUUGGGUAAGUGUUCAGUAAUGACCCCGUGUACCAAUCCAAUGCAGGCCACUUCAAAUUUAAAAUCCUUUCCUUUCAAUGUUUUGCAUACCGUAAGUAUUGCAGAUCUAAGUUUAGCCGGAGUAAAUGUUUUAAAUUUAUACGAUAUGGCAUGUUUAAAUAUUUUUGCCGUUUAUUAUUUCUAGAAUCUAGAGACGGAGACUAAACCCAUCCGCUCUUGGCCCGGCGGCAGAUCAUGAAUAAACACUAAUCGUUGCUGUCCUGCCUCAGACAAUUCUUUGAUCUACCGGUAAACUUAAAAUUGUAAGGAAGCCUUGUUUACGUCCGACUGGCGAUGAAUCAUUUGACACAUUUUCACUUAUGACAAAGGAAAGGAAACCACUGGAUUUAAGUUGUUCAGUGCGGCAGAUGGCCAGGCCACGUGCGUCUUAUGUCAUUGUUGUUUACGCAAAUCGCCAAAACCCGCGUCUUAUAUACGGGUGUGUAUUUUAAUUAGGUGCGUCUUAUAUGCGCGAAAAUACGGUAGUAAAUUGAUGUGGAUUAAAAUUGUUCUUCAUUUUAAUACCGUAAUGUAUCUUCCUGGUUUUAUUACCAUACAAAGAAGAUUUGUGGCGUGUUCAUAUCAAUUUGAUCAUAUUUUUUUCAAGCUAUAGUCUGAAUCCAAAAGUGUAUGUGGGACAGUGAACCGGCCCCCUGAUUAAAAUCUUUGAGGACCCCUGGUAUAAAAAAAAAAUUAACUAAUGAAUGACUUCACUAAACAGCUUAAACUCCACUGCAUUCAUGGUUAUUUUUUUCCUGGAGUUGCCCUCGUUAAAGUCAACAAGACUCCUACUAAGUGCUAAGAGAUCAUAUUCUAGCUCUAUCUCACCAAAGUUAUAUUUCCACCUUCUAUCUCUUUCGGACCCUCCCUUUGUCACUCUCUUUCUUUCUCACUCUCUCUCUUCCCCUGUAAAUUUCUCUCUAGCUUUCUCUCUAUCUCAGUCUGUCUAACUUUCUCUCUCUCUUUCUCACUCCCUCUAACUUUCUCUCCAUCUCUUUCUGUCUCUCUCACUCCCUCUAACUUUCUCUCCAUCUCUUUCUGUCUCUCUCACUCCCUCUAACUUCUUUCUCUCCAUCUCUUUCUGUCCCUCUCACUCCCUCUAACUUUAUCUCCAUCUCUUUCUGUCUCUCUCACUCCCUCUAACUUUCUCUCCAUCUCUUUCUGUCUCUCUCACUCCCUCUAACUUUCUCUCCAUCUCUUUCUGUCUCUCUCACUCCCUCUAACUUUCUCUCCAUCUCUUUCUGUCCCUCUCACUCCCUCUAACUUUAUCUCCAUCUCUUUCUGUCUCUCUCACUCCCUCUAACUUUCUCUCCAUCUCUUUCUGUCUCUCUCACUCCCUCUAACUUUCUCUUCUUUCUCUCUCUCUCUCUCUCUUCUCUCUCUCUUUCACAUUUUCUCUUUCUCUCUCUUUCUCGCUCUCUCUCUCUCUUUCUCGCUCUCUCUCUCUCUUUCUCUCUCUUUCUCUCUCUCUCUCUCUUUCUCUCUUUCUCUCUCUCUCUCUCUCUCUCUCUCUCUCACUUUCUCUCUCUCUCUCUCUCUCUCUCUCUCUCUCUCUCUCUCCCUCUCUCUCUCUCUCUCUCUCUCUCUCUCUCUCUCUCUCCCCCUCUCUCUCUCUCUCUCUCUCUCUCUCUCUCUCUCUCUCUCUCUCUCUCUCUCUCUCUCUCUCUCUCUCUCUCUCUCUUACUCCCUCUAACGUUGUCUCUUUUUCACUCCCUCUAACUUUAUCUCUCUUUCACUCCCUCUAACUGUCUCUCUCUGUCUCUUUCUCUCCCUACCAUCUUCCUUCUGAAACAGGAAUAGAUCGAUAAUAUCACUUUAAAUUUUAAGUAACAGGUGUAUCACUUAAUUAUUCAUGAUCUGUGACCAAUAUAAUUAGCAUGAUAAUUUUAAAAAAAUUAUAUUUGGUCAUAAAUAUAGUUUAAGCCAUGGUAUCCCAAACUGGGGUGUGAGCAAGCCAAGGAUUUGUGAGCUGGCGUGUCAGGGGGUGUGAGAUGGCACGACACGGGGUGCGAGAUGGCACGACACGGGGUGCUAGCUGGCAUGUCAGAGGGUGCUAGCUGGCAUGUCAGAGGGUGCUAGCUGGCAUGUCAGGGGUGCGAGGAAAUGAUUAUAUGAACAGAGGAAAGGCUACCUUUCGUAUUGUGAUAUGAAAUGUUUAUUUUUAACCAAUAUUCAUUGACAUUCAACUUGAUGUAACAAGUUACAAGUUAAUUGUUUUUAUUUUCUUCAGUUCACCUUGCAAUGCCAUUUACAAAAAAAUAUAUAAAAAUUUAGAAACCCUAUAUUUUAACAUUUAAAUAUAUAUAUCGUUACCUUUUGUAGUGGGAAAUCUUUGGGGAUCGAGACUUAGUCAAAGAAAUUGUGAUGUGAUGUGUCAAGCAAAUCUUUGUAGGAUCGAGACUUAGUCAAAGAAUUUGUAGUGUGGGUACGAGAGGUAGUCAGACAAUAUUAGGGGGUGCAAGACUGUGUACAAAAAUGUAUAGAGGGUUCGAGAUGAGUAAAACAAUUUGUAGUGGAUGCAGAAUAUAGAAAAUGCUGGUGAACCCUGAUAGAAGUACGUCAAUUUCAAUUAUUCCCGUAACUUUGAAGUACAGUUAUUUAAUUUAUUUUUUUCUUGAAAAGUCUAACGAUCUGUAAUACAAAUGCAAUGAUAAUGAAUACAAGUACAAGCUAUCAUUACCAUCCCCGUGUUUUUUGUGGUAUGCUGCUGGCUUAAGCUCGUAAAUAUUUGCAUACAUAUCUGUAGGAGAUUUGUUUGUCUCUAAUGACCUGAAAUAUGCAGGAAUAAUGAUGAGAGCUUCAUCGCGUAGGUAAUGUGAUCAACUGGUUUUUUAUCCCUGAAUUAUUGAUGUUUGUGACAGCCUGUCGUCCUGGGCUUGUCCCGGCGUAAUGGGCUGGACCGUCGUAUGUGAUAAGGUGAACGGGUUUUUUUAGGGAUAGGGUUGAACAUGCUAUGUUGAAUGGACUAAAGUUAUAUGUAGUGUAAAGAAUUUCUAAAAAAUCGCCAAAAGGACUAGAGAUCGUGGACCAGAGUUAGUUUAGUGGACUUCCAACAAUCGUCGAAUGGACCAGAGUUAGUGUAGACGACUUCCAACAAUCGUCGAAUGGACCAGAGUUAGUGUAGACGACUUCCAACAAUCGUCGAAUUGACCAGAGUUAGUUAAGUGGACUUCCAACAAUCGUCGAAUGGGCCAUAGUUAGUUUAGUGGACUUCCAACAAUCGUUGAAUGGACCAGAGUUAGUGUAGUGGACUUCCAACAAUCGUCGAAUGGACCAGAGUUAGUGUAGUGGACUUCCAACAAUCGUCGAAUGGACGAGAGUUAUUAUAGUGUAAGAAAAAUACUGGGAGGAGUGUAUUCAGGUUGAAGCAAAAGAAACAUGCAAAGGGUAGAGGAAACCUGACAGAGGACAAUACAAAAAAGCGGCCGUUUUGGCCAAAAAGCCUUGGAUAGCAAAAAAAAGGGGAGUUUUUAGACACGUACGCCUUUUUUUUUCUUUUUUUUUUUUUUUUUUUUUUUUUUUUUCUUUUUUUUUUUUUUUUUUUCCCUUUUUUUUUUUUUUUUUUUUUUUUUUUUUUUUUUUUUGGCCUUUUUCAGGUUUUUAACUACCCUUUGUGUAUUUAUUUAGAGUUAGUUUAGUGGGCUUCCAACACAAUUUUGAAUGGACUAUGAUGGUUUUAUCUUCUUCUUUUUAUGCAUUUUUACCCCGUCUGGGGCAUAGACCGUCCACAAGAAUUUUCCAUUCAUCACGGUCCUGUGCUUUCUUUUCCAGUUGCUUCCAGGUGUAUCCCAUAUUUUGCGUGUCUGCCUCUAGCUCGCGUCUCCAUGUAUUCUUUGGCCUUCCUCUCUUACUUUUUCCCUGUGGAUUCCACGUUAGAGACUGUCUGGUGAUGCUAUCUGGGGGUUUUCGUAGAGUAUGCCCUGUCCACCUCCAUCUUCUUUUUAUGAUGUCUUCAUCAAUGGGUAAGUCCUUUCUAGUAGAUCUUUGUUAGUGAUAGUAAUUGGCCAUUUGAUGUUCCAUAGAUUUAGUGUGACGUUAAUUUCUUUUUUUUUUAAAACACGUCUGAUGUAGUACUGUUUAUAAAUCUCGUUGAUAAUGUCCUUAUCUGUGUAACCUCUAACUAGACUGCUGUCAUGAUGGUUUUUCUGUCCAAAUAGGUUCGAUAAAUCCUUGCCAUAGUGAUUCGUGUAGCCGUGUAUGCACACAUGAGCUGAUAGAACUCUGUGAAUGUGAUGGAUAUGUAGACACCCCCAUCAUGCCAUGCUUAACGAUCACUCGUGGCCCAACGGUACAUGCCCUAGAUCCUUUUUUUUCCCCCCUUCCAAAAUGGUUAUCGCGGACCUGUCGCUCCGCGAGUCUUACGUUGCCGGUCUGCAAAAAAUGAAUAUUUAUAGUUAAAUAUUUUUUUAGCAAAGUAAUAAAUCUCGUACCGGUCCCUGGUGCAAUCUCGAAACUGAUCCACCGGUCCGUCAAACAUGAAAGUUUGGGAAACACAGCCCUAGAUCAGUGUUAACCAAAGUGUCGACGCGUACCCCUGGGGGUACGGGAAGAGUUUGGUGGGGGUACUGGAAGAGUUUGGUGGGGGUACUGGAAGAUCUUGGUUGGGGUACGGGAAGAGUUUGGUUGUGGUACCGGAAGAGUUUGGUUGGGGUAGCGGAAGAGUUUGGUGGGGGUACUGGAAGAGUUUGGUGGGGGUACUGGAAGAGUUUGGUGGGGGUACUGGAAGAGUUUGGUUGGGGUACGGGAAGAGUUUGGUUGGGGUACGGGAAGAGUUUGGUUGGGGUACGGGAAGAGUUUGGUUGGGGUACGGGAAGAGUUUGGUUGGGGCACGGGAAGAGUUUGGUUGGGGUACGGGAAGAGUUUGGUUGGGGUACGGGAAGAGGUUUGGUUGGGGUACGGGAAGAGUUUGGUUGGGGUACGGGAAGAGUUUGGUUGGGGUACGCGCUGCAAAGGAGGAAAAAAAAUCUUUUUUUUUAAAAUAUUGUUAUUUCAGUGUAUGGAUUUUUUUUUUUUAACUUAGGAUACUGUGUUACCAAAAUUAUAGACAGGGGUACACAGUUGUCGAACGUUUGGGAAACACUGCAAUAGAUGAUGACGGAUACUUCCCUUGUCAAAUGAUAAAGCAUAACGAUUUCAAAUACCGUUUCUUCCUUCCUUUCGUUCGUUUAUUCUUAUUUUGUUGGCCUUUUGUCAUAUUUUCGCUUUUUUUUUUUUAUCCUCCAGAUUCUUUCAUCUUUUCUGUUCCUAUUGCACCUAAUCAAGUUACCCCUUAGACAAAGAUAUUCAUCACACAGACAGGCCCCUGUUGUCGAACGUUUGGGAAACACUGCAAUAGAUGAUGGCGGAUACUUCCCUUGUCAAAUGAUAAAGCAUAACGAUUUCAAAUACCGUUUCUUCCUUCCUUUCGUUCGUUUAUUCUUAUUUUGUUGGCCUUUUGUCAUAUUUUCGCUUUUUUUUUUUUUAUCCUCCAGAUUCUUUCAUCUUUUCUGUUCCUAUUGCACCUAAUCAAGUUACCCCUUAGACAAAGAUAUUCAUCACACAGACAGGCCCCGUCGCUAAUGUACACAAACCAAAUGACAUGUAGCUAGCAACCCUGAUGGAUGCUUGUCACUUGUUUAGAAAAUUGAACGUGUUUAUUGAAUGGUCAUUGAUUCAGCCGGUGGUGUUAAUUAAAUGGUCACUGUGCUUCAUUUCACUAACUUCUGUUCGUGGAAAAUGCUGAUCGACUGUGCUUAAUCAAAUAAUGGUCAGUCGUUUUGAGGUACAACGAAAAAUAUUCGGAUUGUUCCGUGCGAUAUUAAGAUAUGCAAUCUAUAUUUUUAAAGUUACACAUGACAGUGGUAGCGAAAUAAGGUUAGAUGUGGCCACCACCUCCAAGGUCAGCUUUAUCUAAUGUCUUAACUGUCUGGUUUUUUUCCCCCUCUUAUCUCCGAAUUUUUUAGGCCGGGUUUUUUUUCAGACACAUCGUGUUCACAGCGCCCUCUAGCGGCAAAAAAAAAAAAAAAAAAUCGGUUAAUUUGACCCUUUGUUAACGAAUUUCACAACGUUGCAAAUUCAUAGUUCAAUGCACUGAGUUUAAAUUUGGAUGAUUCAUCAUAUCUUUAAGAAUAAAAAAAUUAACCAUAAAUUAUAGGAUUGCGACCAAUUAUUUUAUAAUUGAUUAUGACGUCAUACAGAUAGGAUCUCGUUAAGGAGUAGACAUGAAAUACGUAAUGUCCAAAUUUAGUUGUUUCUAAUGAAUACUUUUCAAUCUGCCUUUUGGUUUUACAUUCGGUAAUUAUAAUGGAUAGGAUUAACAGCACCUUGACCAAGCCUGGGUUGUACUAUGUACACGUGUCAUUAAUAGCACCUUAAACAAGCCUGGGUUGUACUAUGUACACGUGUCAUUAAUAGCACCUUAAACAAGCCUGGGUUGUACUAUGUACACGUGUCAUUAAUAGCACCUUAAACAAGCCUGGGUUGUACUAUGUACGCGUGUCAUUAAUAGCACCUUAAACAAGCCUGGGUUGUACUAUGUACAUGUGUCAUUAAUAGCACCUUAAACAAGCCUGGGUUGUACUAUGUACACGUGUCAUUAAUAACACCUUAAACAAGCCUGGGUUGUACUAUGUACACGUGUCAUUAAUAACACCUUAAACAAGCCUGGGUUGUAUUAUGUACACUUGUCAUUAAUAGCACCUUGACCAAGCCUGGGUUGUAUUAUGGUAUGGUAUGUAGUACACUUUUUCCCUGUGCGUGAACUUUCUUUGACCCCGCAUUAGACUACUAUAAAUUUCUAAUUUCUCACAAUAGAAGCCAGUGCGUAACAAUUACGUACACGUGUCAUUAACACCACCUUGACCAAGCCUAGAUUAUACCAUGUACACAAUCUGUAUUUUGAGACGCAUGUACAAUAGUUCACAUUAUGAUUGAAGUUGUUCAUUUAUGGAAGUUGUUCUGUUACCAUUACGAGGAUAAAGUAUGUCACAUUAUGAGAGUUAUGGACGGCGCUUUAUAAAAUAUAUUGUACCUCCUGGAUUGGUAUGUCAGUCACAUCAGACUUGUUUUUUUUUCUUACAUGGGUUGUAUGUGUCACAUUGAAAACAGGUUGGUGAUCUAAAUAAAACUCUAGGUUCCCCGUCAUUUGGACGGGCUAUUGCUAGUAGUUGUUAAAAUAUAAUGGGAUCCCUAUAACCGGAGAGAAUUGACGUGAAACGUUUGCCGUGUUUGUUCAUAAUAACCGAAUUUCUAUGACACAAACAUGACCAUAGUUCUCUGUUAUCUUUUAACAGUCUCAUAGGAGAGCAAGCAAACGUUGGGAAACGUCUAGCUUGUCACAGACCAGUUGUAUAGCGGCGUUAGAAUGAGCUAGGUCGCUAAUAGGUAGCAUGGAAAUUAAACAAACCUUGAGGCUGGAUUAGAGAAGGGCAUCUUCUUUGUCAUGAUGUGCCUUUCCUGAGGCAUAGUGGGGGGGGGGGGCUACUCUUUAAGAUAGAGUGGGGCUACUCCUUAAGUCAGAGUGGGGCUACUCCUUAAGUCAGAGUUGGGCUACUCCUACUCCUUAAGUCAGAGUGGAGGAAACUCCUUAAGUUAGAGUGGGGCUACUGCUUAAGUCAGAGUGGGGCUACUUUUUUGAGUCAGAGUGGGGCUACUCCUACUCCUUACGUCAGAGUGGAGGAUACUCCUUAUGUUAGAGUGGGACUACUUCUUAAGUCAGAGUGGGGCUACUUCUUAAGUCUUAGAGGGAUUAGUUAGUGAGAGAGUGUGGGAUCUCUCUAAAUUAGAGUGGGGCUACUCCAUUGUCAGAGUGUGAGGACCUCGAAGUCGUAGAGGAUCUACCCUAAAGUUGAAGUUGGGUACCCUGAAUCAGAUAAUUGCUUCUUCAAUGUCUGAUUCCUCAGUUCGAUAUUGAGCCGGGGACGCCUAUGGGAUAAAGAUGAGCCACGCUUGAAAUAUUGGUGUUAUUGUCACUUGCCGAGUUCGAAUCGAAAAGUCUUCUUUUAUCUCAAUGUCUUAUUAACUCUAGCCAUAAACUGAUAAGCGGAACAUAGGGUCCGUCAGUGAGAUAUGGGUUGGAAGAUGGCACACAUUCGCAAUGUGUACCAAGGUUUGGAAAUCACAUCAAGUGCGAUUGCUGAGCACAAGUGAUUUAUUGACUAUCAGAAUGAUGAACUCCUUUGGAUCACUUCCACACGGCACCCCGUGCUAUCACAUCGAUGUUCGAAAAUCGUUGAAAUUAUAUCUAAUGCGCGCCGUUAUCGCUGUGAAUUGGGUUACAUGCAGACACUGGUUUUAUUGACUAUCUCAAGUUAAACACCGAGUCUUGAUGUUCACACUGAUGUCCGGGACUUGAGCCGCACACAACUGGCCGUAGUAGCCAAACGCCUGCCUUAGCCGCAGCCGCUUCUCCUAACCUUAGAGGGUUUGAGCACAUGCCUAUCUAAUGUGACCUACCGGAUUAGAUUUGUGUUCGUUUUUCUGUUUAUUUCACUUGGCCCGUGUGCUCGUUUGUUGGACACAACUUCCAGUGUAGAUUUGUGUAGGAAUCCGUACAUUACCAAGUUCUUUUAGAUGCUUGUACAGUGCUGGGUUAAUACAUUAGUCAGAGGCGUUGGCUUUUUUGGUGAAGACUUUUUGUACUCAGUCAAGUUGACUUAUUGGUGAAGACUUUUUGUACUCAGUCAAGUUGACUUAUUGGUGAAGACUUUUUGCACUCAGUCAAGUUGACUUAUUGGUGAAGACUUUUUGUACUCAGUCAAGUUGACUUAUUGGUGAAGACUUUUUGUACUCAGUCAAGUUGACUUAUUGGUGAAGACUUUUUGCACUCAGUCAAGUUGACUUAUUGGUGAAGACUUUUUGUACUCAGUCAAGUUGACUUAUUGGUGAAGACUUUUUGUACUCAGUCAAGUUGACUUAUUGGUGAAGACUUUUUGCACUCAGCCAAGUUGACUUAUUGGUGAAGACUUUUUGCACUCAGUCAAGUUGACUUAUUGGUGAAGACUUUUUGUACUCAGUCAAGUUGACUUAUUGGUGAAGACUUUUUGUACUCAGUCAAGUUGAUUUAUUGGUGAAGACUGUUUGUACUCAAACAAGUUGACUUAUUGAUGAAGACUUUUUGUAUUCAGUACCGCUGACUUUUUCUGGUCAGGUAAAAUAUGUGUGGGGUUUUUAACUCUCGCCACAUCGGUUCAUAAGAAUGGGUUGAUGGACCCCCACCUCAAGGGAUGGGCGAAUCUGCUUUGGGGGGUGGGGGGGGGGGUUACGGGAAGCUUGAUUUUAAAAAAAAAUUUGGUUAAUGAAAAUGCUUCAAUCGAUACAUGGUUUUAAAAGUUUUCAAAACUGUUCUCCCUGAGGGAAUGGGACUUUUUAGUUUUACAAACUGGGACAUUUGUGCCAUCACCCAUGUGGAAAGUUUCCAAUUUGAUUUCAAAAAGUAAAGGCCUGUGCCGUCAACAGAGUAAUAAUCUGAUCAUGUAUGGUGAACAAUAUUGUUUAUUUUAUGUUCUAUUUCCACAGAAGUUUCAAAUUCAUUGUAUCCAUUUAAUUUCAAUGUUUCAUUAUUGGGAAGUGGAAGGACAACGUGGUAUAACGGCAUCAAACACUUUUUUAUGGAGAAAAUGGGGUACUGAUUCGCCUAGCCGUGUCUAACUCAGGCAAUAGAGGACCUUUCUCGUGACUGUGACAGACUAGGUCUUUAGGCCGAAUAGAUUAGGUCUGCAAUCAGGAUAAAAUUAGGCUUGCAAUCAGGAUAUGUUAGGUCUGCAAUCAGGAUAAAAUUAUUCCUGCGAGAAGGAUAAAAUUGGGUUUGCAAUCAGGAUAGAUAGAUUAGGUUUGCAAUCAGGAUAGAUAAGUUCUGAGGGCAGAAUAGAUUUUGUAUACAUUUAAGCUAUAGCAUGUAUGAGGGCGGGAUAGGUCGAGUCCAUCACAUUUCGUUCAUCAAUAAGGUCGGUCUGUUGAACCAAGGCGGUUCCAGAAGUGGUUGAGUUUUUUGUAGAUCAUCUCAAGCUAGAGUCAAAUGACCACGGUCUAUCUAGACUGACUAGUAGUAGUAGAUGACAUACAAUAAACACCAUUGAAUGACUCAUAUUCUGUUUUACUUUUACUAUCUCAUGUAAAACCAAGAUGUUUCAUAUCUUAAAUAUUAAAAUAUGUCAAAGAUCCCCCCCCCCACACACACACACACUUUUUUAAAACAUGGAAUUCUCUGAAAUGUUUAAGUAAUCCCAACAAGAAUGUCUUCACCUUUAAAUAGAACAAGUUAAUUACUCUUUCAUUUAUCUGUGCUUGAAAUUCCAACUUUUAAUUAAACCUCGUGCAAGUUAAUGAAUACUGUUAUGGACACGUGACUCUCAACAUUGUUACGUUCAAUGAUAGUUGGCUUUUCUUACAUUUGAAUUUAUUUUUUUUUUUUUUUUUUUUUUUUUAUUAAAAUUUUCCCCCCCCCCCUUUUUUUUCCCCCCCCCCCCCCCACCCCCACACCCCAACCCACUGGUUUAAAAAAAAAAAAAAAAGAUGUGUUCUUAUUUUGGCCUUGAAAGUUUCUCCCAGAAUUCAUGAUAAGGCAUGUUUUAUAACUGUAACACAUUCUAGUUAUCAGCAUUUCCCUAUCAGUCUUAUACUCCAUGUUAACACAAGAGAUAUGGACGGGCAUAAGAGAUAUGGACGGGCACGGGGGCAGGUUCUUUUUACAAACUUUUUGUUGAAUAAACCCUUCAGUAGAGCAUGGAUUCUCUUUCAGUAGCCGGCAGUUAGCUUAAAGCGUUUAUUUUAAUCGGUUACCAUGACUACUCACGUCAUCGCCGCUUGUUAACAGUCUUGACAAUUGACUUGAUUAGGGGCUUGUUUUUAUUCUCUGUAAACCACAUUAUCAAUAUGGACGUUGAAGCUGUUACCAUUGGUGACGGAGAAUAGAGGGACAAGAUAAUGGUCGGAUCGAUUCAUUAAAUUCACGUCCGGCCUGACCUGUUCAUUAUCAAAAUAUAACAUUGACGGUUUUGGCCAAGUUCCGGUGUUGAGAAGAGCUGCAUUGUUGGACCAUCAAUGACGCACGUGUUGACCCAGGGUUACAGGGGCCCUGCUAAUGUUUCUUUUGCUUUUUUUUUUUUUUUACCAGAGAUUAAAUAUUAUGAAAUUUUGUACUAAACAAAUGAUUGGUGCGUGCGUCCCAAUGUUGCUGAGUUCACUCAAAUGGUUUCUUUAAAAACAUAAAUAUUGUAAGGCUGUGGGCGGUCUUUUCAAUAAUCUACUAAAGCACUUUUAAGCUUAUGUUGGGUACUUUUAAAAGUCUUUUUGAAUAGGCUAAAUUAUGCUUUGUACUUUAGCAUCCUACUUUUUAAAAUAUUUUAUAGAGGGGUCCCUUAAUAUGUUUCCGGGACACCUGAAUUUCUCCUAAUACAGCACUGGUCCAAAUAAUAAAAAAUCUACAUGAGCGUGUCAGUAUGCUUUGUAGGCGCCAGUGUUAGUCGUACAUACACCGGCAGUUGUCGUGUGAUUAUAAAGUCCGACCAAAGUAGUGAUAUUCUCCAACUACUGAUAGAAACACUCGUCAAUCCUUUAUUGUCUGUAGGUUGACUGUAGAAAGUUUCAACAUGUACCUUGGUCUAGAGCAGCACACAAUUCCGUGCCUGAACAUACGGAACCUCACGCUGUUACUGUCAAUGAACCCGUCGAUACAAGACUGAGACUGACUCUGACACGGCUACUGAUGUAGACAUGGACAUUCAUUAACACUGAAAUUAAUCUCAAUUUGUGACCACCACUUAACACCAUAAGCUGUCGCCAUCUCCGCCUUGCUUGGCUUCUCUACUCCCGGACAGCUGUGCGUUCUAUUCGAUACAACAGAAAUGUGUGGCCGCUACAUACACUGAAUUCAGACGUUUUGUUCAUUUAGAGAGGUUGUUUUUUUUUUUUUUUUAAACUAUCGGUGUGACUUCUGAUUAUGUGCUGACCGAGACCUAAUCCAGAGCUAAUGUACUUAGGCCUAAUCCAGAGCUAAUGUUCUUAGACCUAAUUCAGAGCUAGUGUACUUAGACCUAAUCCAGAGCUAGUGUACACAGUGUGCUCACCAAUACUGUUAGGUGUAAUGAUUAGUGUGUAUUUCUUAGAUCAAAUUGAGCCUUUAUAAAGCUGUAAGUUAAUUCUAUAAACAUCAACUUAUUUGUACGAUGGUUCGGACUUGAAGAGGACGUUGAAUUUGCUCUCUGCUGGGAGUCCUAAGGAUGUGAUGUGAAAUAAACAAUCCGUGGCACUGAACAUUUGCUCCUAGUCCCGUGUGCCUUGUACCAGAGCUCAAUACAGCGUCUCAGCAUGCCGCUCUUUGACUCAAUCGUGUUGACGGAGGUCAGUAACAUUGGUGACGUGGACCUGGCCUGCGGCAUGACCUCUCUGUUCGAGGACGGCAUCUCCGUCCUUCACGGCACGGUCUUCGGGUCGCCCAAGCGGGAGGUCGAGGAGACCCUGGACAUGUACUACGAGGACGAAGACGAGGGCCGGCCGGGGGACAAGGACUCGCUGGAGAACGGCUUCGGUCUGGGUCUGGACUUGAGUUUAGGUUUCUCCGAGCGCAUGAACGUCGGAAUCACUGCCGACAAGAGUUGCUCGACCGUAGAGUCGGAUUACGGUAAGUCUUUGAACACAUAGUGCCAGGGGGGGGGGGGGGAUUAUGUCUGAUCGUGCUUGUACGGGCACCGUACUUAUAAUGUGACCAAUGUUCCCUUUAAGCUGCGCCGCCGCGCAGUAAUCUCCCCGACGCUUUGUGAGGUGGGCGGGUGGGGUGGGACGUGUGGGAUGGGACGUGUGGGAUGGGACGUGUGGGAUGGGACGUGUGGGACGGGGGAGAUUAUGUCUGAUCGUGCUUGUACGGGCACCGUACUUAUAAUGUGACCAAUGUUCCCUUUAAGCUGCGCCGCCGCGCAGUAAUCUCACCGACGCCGCGCAGCAGUUUUGAGUACCGCGCAGCUAAUUUCCGCUUAAGUUUGUGUCUGUAGGCUGUAAAAUUUUGCGCACACAAAAAUUGAUGCUGUAAAAAUUUGCUCACAACUUUAUGAUUUUGCACACGAACCAACAGACCUUAGAGGGAACAUUGAAUGUGACCCUAUUAUUAUUUAAAAUUCUUUUAAACUCUCUGUAGACAGUCUCCGUUUCUCCAUUUACUUUCAUGCUGCAAUCUGAAUUAUGUCUAUCUGAAUAUGUUUAACUUACUAAUCUACUCAUUUUAGAUUGUAAUACACCUGUUACCCUUGACUGGACCAGUUGUGAAGUUUGGGUUGUAGUGGUGUGGGUGCUUGGGAUGUCGGUGUUAAGAGUGCUCUGUAGGAUUAUAUUUAACGUCAGGGGUGCUAUCUAGGGUCGUAUUUAAUGUCAGGGGUGCUCAUGGGGAUUUUAUUUAAUAAAGGUUAACUUAAAAAUGUUUUGAAAAAAAAAAGACAUUGCGGGCAUUGCCAGGCAUUUUAACAUUUCUUGUCAACCACUCGAUAAUCUAGUUCAACUGAAUUGCUUAACCAUUUUCAUCUCUAUCAGUAUUCCAUUUAUCCACCCACUCCAACGUCUGUCUGUGUCACUCUCCCACUAUAAAAAAAACCUAUCAAUUAACUGUUUUUUUUUAUGCAUCUAUAAUAUCCGUAUUUACUUGUGAGUAGGUACUUAGUUACUCACCGUAGCUAUAAUACCCGUACUUACUCGUGAGUAGGUACUUAUUUACACACCAUAGCUAUAAUACCCGUACUUACUUGUGAGUAGGUACUUGGUUACACACCAUAGCUAUAAUACCCGUACUUACUUGUGAGAAGGUACAUGGUUACACACGUAGCUAUAAUAUUCGUACUUACUUGUGAGUAGGUACUUGGUUACACACCAUAGCUAUAAUACUCGUACUUACUUGUGAGUAGGUACUUGGUUACACACCAUAUCUAUAAUACUCGUACUUACUUGUGAGUAGGUACUUGGUUACACACCAUAGCUAUAAUACCCGUACUUACUUGUGAGUAGGUACUUGGUUACACACCAUAGCUAUAAUAUUCGUACUUACUUGUGAGUAGGUACUUGAUUACACACCAUAGCUAUAAUACUCGUACUUACUUGUUAGUUGUUACUUAAUUACACACGUAGCACAGAACAUUUGUUUUUCCAGUUUUAAAUGUAACAACUCAAAGACCUGUAUUUCUGCGCAAGCAGUUACAUUAUUAUAGUUCUCUGCAGGCGAUGGUGGGGAUCAACGGGCAAUAGUGAAUCAGUAAAUAGCAUUUUAUUUGUAUUAUAUGCCAAUGUUGUUCAUUUAUAUAAAAAAAUAUACUGAAAUCCUAGUUCUUUGUCUAAGUUGGUCAUAUCACAAUCACGACCCAAAGACGUUUUUGUAAGAGUAUGGAAAUGUGUGAGGACAAUGUUGGGGGGGGAAAAGCAAAGGCUCACCAUUGGAACAUGAAACUUAAAGUAAGACAAGAAUUCUUAAGUCUAGUUAAAUGAAGCGUUAACUUGGGCUUUGGGGGGGGGGCGCUAAGUUAAGCUCAAGUUUAUCAGCAACAAAUAUCCUAAACAAAUGACUUUAACCGAUAAGUCUUGAAUUGGGUGUGUAGCUCAUCUGUGCAUUCAGUUCUCUUGUACCACCGUACUGCUGUACAGCCGCUGUACCGGCAGGCCUGGUUUACUUAUCAGCUCUAUUUGCGUAGCCCAUACUCGUGUCAUUACUGGAAGGAUAGCCGGUGUAUAAAACACAAUGACCUGGUUGGUUAAAUCUUGUUGAUUGGGUCAUGUUAGACUUGUGGGGGCUAUGGGGGACUCAACCAAAGAGAGACGUACGCAGAGGAGCUGUGUUUAAGCACAUGUGUCCCUAACCUGUGACACGCAGAUCGAUUUUCAGUGGCACGUUGAAGACCACAAAAUAAACAACAACGACCUAAACCAAAAUUCCUCUCACAAGGUAGAGGCCUACUUAUAGUUGGUGGCACGCUGAAUUAUAUAGAAAUCCCUAUACCACAGGGUUGGCGAUCCCUGAUAUAGCACAUUAUGCAUAACACAACAUUGGUAUGUUGAAUACAUAACGCAACAAAUACAUAGCACAACAUUGGUACGUUGAAUACAUACAACAACAUUGGUGUGUUAAAGACACUAAAUAAAAACGAAAAUGGUCAUGAAAACUGCACAAGCACCUCACUUGCAUAUUAUGAGGGCAACACUGUGUAGAGCAGUAAGUCCUAUAAAAAUAAAGGGAAACACGAUGGCUAUAGCUAUAACAAUUGAUGUAUUUGGUUUAACCGCGACGACGUAUUUCCAACCUUGCAAUCUAAUAUUGAAACAACCAGUAGUCAAAAUGUGCACUCGCCCUUUAUUUGGUAAAAAAAAAUGUUAAAUCUCUCUUCUUUUGCAAAAAUAGUGUUAAAUCUCUUUUGUAUGGCACGAAUAAUGUUAAAUAUCACUUAUAUGGCAAUAAUAAUGUUAAAUAUCUCUUAUAUGGCAAUAAUAAUGUUAAAUAUCUCUUAUAUGGCAAUAAUAAUGUUAAAUAUCUCUUAUAUGGCAAUAAUAAUGUUAAAUAUCUCUUAUAUGGCAAUAAUAAUGUUAAAUAUCUCUUAUAUGGCAAUAAUAAUGUUAAAUAUCUCUUAUAUCUCAUUUUCUGUCUCGUGCCAAAAUGUGCCAAAGUGUCCUCGUUUUAUAGCCAUUUUAAUUGUUUCUAUAGUAUAGUAUUUACUAUCCUAGUGUCUCAUUUUUAUUUUACUUAGUUUACAUGUUUUUAAUAAUUGUAAAGCGCUUAGAGCUUUAAGGUAAGCGCUAUAUAAAAAUGCCUAAAUAAAUAAAUAAAUAAAUAUGGCAAUAAUAAUGUUAAAUAUCUCUUAAAUGGCAAUAAUAGUGUUAAGUAUCUCUUAUAUGGCAAUAUCAUGUUAAAUAUCUCUUAUAUGACAAUAAUAAUGUUAAAUAUAUUUCAUGAAACAAUCAUGGGAUUUCAGGUCCUAUUAUCAAAUCAGAUGACUAGCGCAGUGAUGAUAAUAAAAGUCGAAGGGAAACAACCGCAACUAAUAAAUCAACUUUAGUUAAUUCCCCUUAAGAAUAAAACUUUCAACGUUUCCCUAAAGGCGCAAAUAUGUCAACAUGCUAAACUUAAAAUAGAUACCUUGAUUUCCUUUAAUCAUGAUAUACAUUGUUGGUGGACUAUUUACUUUGUCAACAAACAGAUGGUAUUAUACUAUUAUUAUUUCUAUUUUUAUAAUAAUUUCUAACUUUUUGGGAACAUUACACAAUAAUUAUGAGAAAUUAAUAUUUUGUUGCAGAUUCAGACAGCGGUGGUACAAGGCGUAGACGAUCAGGGGCGUCAUCAAGUAAGUCAAUAGUAAAUAUAAUAUUUUAUUGUCUCGUGUGAAACUCUUCAUUUAGACACAUCUGGUGUACUCUAACGAUGCAAUUCAAAUGAAGAUAAAAUAAUUAAUUUUUCAUAUGACAGUGCUAGUAGGCCCCUAUAUUGUUGGUGAGUGCGCAGUGACUCGGAGACAGUCAUACGACAGUGCUAGUAGGCCCCUAUAUUGUUGGUGAGUGCUCAGUGACUCGGAGACAGUCAUACGACAGUGCUAGUAUAUUGUUGGUGUGUGCUCAGUGACUCGGAGACAGUCAUAUGACAGUGCUAGUAUAUUGUUGGUGAGUGCUCAGUGACUCGGAGACAGUCAUACGACAGUGCUAGUAUAUUGUUGGUGAGUGCUCAGUGACUCGGAGACAGUCAUACGACAGUGCUAGUAUAUUGUUGGUGAGUGCUCAGUGACUCGGAGACAGUCAUACGACAGUGCUAGUAUAUUGUUGGCUCGUUUGGUGGCUAUUCGGCAGGGGCGUACCUACCUAGAGUGUUUUGUCCUGGGGCCAAGUUUAAUUUUGAACGAACUUUCCCCCCGCCCCCCCACCCUUUUUUUUGUCAACUCUGAAAUCCAUUGUUUUCAUCAAUAAAGCACCAUUAAAGCCCUUUUUUUUCACCCCACAGUCGCCUUGUACCCUGGUGCAUCUAUCCUCUUUCCCCCCUUAGCUACGCUUUGCUGUUCGGUGGCCUUGAAUUUAGAUUUAGUUCAGAUUUGCGGUAUCAGUUAUAUUUAAAACAUCUUAUUCAACAUCCCGGAGAUCUGUUCAACAUCCCAUCCAUCUUGUCCCACGCCCAUUCAAUCUAUUUGGACUGUGUUGUUGUGUAUUCUGGUUAUUGGAGCAUGGUCAGCCAACUUCAAAAGGUGCUAGGAAAGUGUUUCCAACGGGUUUUUGUUGUUGUUAUUGUUAAUUGUUGAAUUGAAUCGUUUAGUUUGCUGGGGGGUGCUAUACUUAAUUACUCACAUACCUUUACCACUGUGGGUGCACGCCAUUGUUGGAAGGGUUGUGGACCAAAGCUUUGAUGUGAAGAGUCGGGCACUUGAGAUUAACUUGAGAAUAUAGUGCAUGUGGUGUGUUGUUAUGGAUGUGGUCAAACUUCUAGUUGUCAUUUGAUCCUAGGACAGAAGGCGAGCUGUUCAAUUACUAAACUUUUCAUAUCAACACACCUACACACACCAACACACAGAUGCACCAUCAUACAUACACAAAGGUUCUGACACUCCAGCAAUCACCAGCACAUGCACCACCAUUUUCCAACACACACACACCAACACAAACUACAAGAUUUGACGAUCGCACAGAGACUUAAGACUACAUUAGAAAAGACUACUUUGGCAAAGACUACUUUAGUCCAGUUUCUCCCAAUGAUUUAGAUGUCAUGAACCCUAAUCCUGAUACCUUGAACUAAGGAAUGAUAUUCUUGGCCUUGGAGACGAUUAUGAAGCUGCCUAUUUUUUACCGGUUAAAUCUGUCAUUUUCAUUUUGUAGUUUCAAUUAUAGUGUUGUGUCAAUGUAAGUCAGGUUGUGUCAAUGUAAGUCAGGUUGUGUCAAUGUAAGUCAGGUUGUGUCAAUGUAAGUCAGGUUGUGUCAAUGUAAGUCAGGUUGUGUCAAUGUAAGUCAGGUUGUGUCAAUGUAAGUCAGGUUGUGUCAAUGUAAGUCAGGUUGUGUCAAUGUAAGUCAGGUUGUGUCAAUGUAAGUCAGGUUGUGUCAAUGUAAGUCAGGUUGUGUCAAUGUAAGUCAGGUUGUGUCCAGAUUUUUGCGACGGCGUAACAGUAACACUAGGAAAUCUACCGACCAAUCUGAUGCAGUUACGGCCACUUUUGAUCUCGUGUCUCCAAGUACCACGCCCGGCGAGGAAGGUACUGUGGAAUUGCAGGUCAUUGAGGUGACCCCCGGCUCAUUAGAUCGCUGUGAGAAUCCACUUGUUUGUCAGCUUACCAUAAGAUUGCUCGCUUACCUGUAGUAACGGUGUCCUUUGUUGUUGACCCGUCGAGGCCCACUAAAGCCCUGUAUCUGCCAUCAUAACUAGUCUUUGAACGAGAUAGGCAGAGCGCUGCAGCGAGAUAGGCAGAGUGCUGCAGCUAGACAGAUUGGAUUCCAAUUGUUUUGGGAAAUCUUGUUAUACACCCAAUCACGUGACGUCAUGAGAUGGGCGAUAAUGCAGUGGUUUGUAGAGUGUCCAGUGUUGGUCGCCAUCAGACAGGUUAGUUGACCCUCCCCUUCCCCCCCCCCCCCCCCCCNCCCCCCCGAGGCUCUGUGUAAUGCUUAAUAAUCAGCCGCCGCCUCACAUCUCGCUCUGUGUUUUUGUCGUUUGUUUGUAGUGUUGUGCUCCUAGUCAUCGUGUCAGUCGGAACGAUGUCACUUCCUGUUGUGUUGUUCCGAGCUGGCGAGAAGUGGAGGAUGUUUUUUGGUUGAACUGAGUUUAGUAACAGUGUGUGUGGUUGGUGGGUGGGGGGGGUUUUCCGGGGGUGCGGGCGGAGUAGGGGGGGGCGAUUUCCCGGGGUGGAGGGCGAAAACCGUUUUAUAGUUGCCUGCUUUAGGUUGUUGGAAUCCGCUUGGGAGAAGCAACCACCUUAAGUCGGAGAAUCACCUGCCCUGGUGUCAAUCAUGUUCAGCUGUGAACUGAAAUAUGUUCUAUCCGAUCAGCAUGUUGGCAUCUUUCGCCUUUUUAUUUAUUUUUUUUUUGGCACUUCGUGUCAUCUGUUCUCACGUCCUUCAAUCGUUGAGAUAAGCACAAGGGCUGACUGACUAUCUGUUAGAUUUACACAGGAGAGCUAGGAAGAGUUAUCUCUGUGAAUUUACCUAGAAGAGUAAGAGCUUCGGGAAUAACCUAGAUUAAGCUGAUCCCACUGUUCCUGAUCAUUUUUAUCUUAUCUUUCCAUGGUAAGGUUGUUGUCUAACAACACUCGUCUGUGUCUCGGCUCACACGCGUGUCUUGUGGCGCUGUCUCGGGGCGGUUAUCAUGUUUAGGUCCCUCUCGUUUCCCACAAUACUAACAGCUGUGAAACAGUAGCCCUAUUAUGUGUGAGGGCCAAGUGCAACAGUAGGCCUAUUAUGUGUGUGGGCCAAGUGAAACAGUAGACCUGUUAUGUGUGUGGGCCACGUGAAACAGUAUCCCUAUUAUGUGUGGGCCAAGUGAAACAGUGUGCUUGUUAUGUGUGCGGGCCAAGUGAACAGUAGGCCUGUUAUGUGUGUGGGCCAAGUGAAACAGUUGGCCCAUUAUGUGUGUGGGCCAAGUGAAACAGUAGGCCUGUUAUGUGUGUGGGCCAAGUGAAAUAGUAGGCCUAUUGUGUGUGGGCCAAGUGAAACAGCAGGCCUAUUAUGUGUGUGGGCCAAGUGAAACAGUAGGCCUAUUAUGUGUGUGGGCCAAGUGAAACAGUAGGCCUGUUAUGUGUGUGGGCCAAGUGAAACAGUAGGCCUAUUAUGUGUGUGGGCCAAGUUAUUGCUAGUAUCGUACUGACAAGAAAUCGCUACUUGGUACUAAUAUACUAAUAUGACAUGACGGGAAGGGGCGGUGAAAACUGUAGACUACAACAGCCCCCCCCCUUUUCCCACCACACACACCUUUUCUCCCUCUAACCGACUUGAACUUCAUUAAAAACCUCCACGUUUCAAAUUGGAUAUUUUCUUUGCCAAACAUCAACAUUCUAAAAAUAGAUUUGUUUAGAUUGAUUCCAUUAUGUACGGUGAUCUUUCCAUCAAUGUUUGUGUUUAUCGUCUGUAACAUGCGCACUAACCGAAGUGAGCUAGAACCUGCCCCAAACAAUGACAAGCAUGUCAACAAAACACCACGUUCAACUCUUCGGCCAGCCUCGUGCUCAAGUAUUUGUUUCGAAUAAAACGACUGCUCGGUUGAAAAUAUCUAUAAUCUAUAUCCUAUAUUUAAUGGGUUUUUUAGAAAGAUUUUAUGUAAAAUCUCAUCAGACCGCCUGUUUUAUUUUGUACCGAAGGAUACAGUUAACAAGGCCGCCCAAUGUUGCUUCAUGGCCAGUUGUUUCGCGGUCAGUCAUUUGGGGGCUGGUUUGUUGGCUGUUGACCGAGCAGUUGUUGUCUGAUCGGUUGGACCAACGACGCUCUUAUCGUUCAACUGCCUGCACAGAUUAACUUCUCGCGCCUCCGGGGCUCUGUUUUAUCGCCCUCGACAAAGGGAGGGGUAAGACCUGCUUGGACUCGUUACGGACCACGGUUAUCUGAUGAUGUUAUUCAGAGUUAUCCUAAUUCUUGCCCCCCCCCCUUUUCCCCGCCUCGACCACGCCGCGGGCUAUGAUGAUCCAAAACACAGUUUAAUGACACUCUGCUCUCAGUCUCUAGUGCAGGGGUCGGGAACCUAUGGCUCGCGAGCCAGAUGUGGCUCUUUUGAUGGCUGCGUCUGGCUCGCAGACAAAUGUUGGAUUAUUUAUAAAAUAAAAAAAAAGUUGCAUUAAUGGUAAGAAAUACUCAUUAUUGAUUAGCAACAGCAUCACAAUGUUAUUAAACAGAAUUCAGAGACAUAAUUAUUGCAUUUUUAGUGUUGAAAUUACACAAAAUGCACACAUUUACUUGAAUUUUUAGUUUUAAACAUAAUGUAUGGCUCUCACAGAAUUACUUUUCAAAAUAUAUGGUGUCCAUGGCUCUCUCAGACAAAAAGGUUCCCGACCCCUGCUCUAGUGGUAUCUUCAGUCUGACUUGCUGGUUUUACUCACGCCACAGUCUCUCCUUAUAAACACGCAUUCAGCUUGGUGUACAGCAUUGUUUCUACCAUUUUUAGUAUUUUAAAAAACGUGGGGGAAAUCUCACAAAAAUAAUUUAUAUAAACAGAUUCCCACCCCCCCCCCCAAGUUUAACGUAUUCAAAGAGUCAAAUCCUAACUAACCAAAAACACACACACACAAUUUUUAGUUAUUUAAAAAAAGUGGGGGAAAUUCCACAAAAAAAAUUUAUAUAAACAGGUUCCCCCCCCCCCCCCCCCAAUUAUAUAUUUUCUAUCCAUGUCUUUCUCGUCGAGAUCUAGUAUUAAUAGACCUCGAAAGUUUGUCUACGGGUCUUGAGAGCCGAAUCAGAGUUUCUGUCAAACCACACGAACUCCGCUCCUUUGGGACAAGCCCCAGCAUUUGCGCCUGUAGCAUAGGUCGAGAGGGUCCCUGUCCAACCCCACCCCACCCUAAACCUUGAAAUUAACAAAUUAUUAACUUGUUUUUUUUAGAAGAACAAAAAAUCACGCAUUUUGAAUGACAAGUGAAAUUCACCAUUGAUAAGGAUUUAUGCACCUCUCAUUCGUGUCGGUUAAACGUAGGGCAAAAACAUAUACGGUUUGGCAUUUCCUUUUUCCAUUAACACUUAAAUUAUGCCUUAUAAUUAUUUGACACCCCUCCCUGCAAAAAUUCCUCCUGGGGCGCCCAUGACCUCUAGCGCCACUUGCACGCCCCUAGAAAAUGAUUUGAGUCGACCAUAUAACCCCCCCUCCCCAGUUCCCAGUCUAAUCCAAUAGUUUUUGUCUCUGUCUAACAAACUAUCACAAAAUCUUACAACAGGAUGGAUAUCUUUUGACCCUAGCACUCUUACAACACACCCCAGUAUCUCUUGUCCCGUUGUUUAACACAAUACCCCCAACAAUCGUGUGUGCCCCUAACUUUCAUUAGCUUCUAGACACAAAUGGUAGAUGAACAUUUUUUUCCCGUGCGAGGAAUUCAGUCAUUAAAAAUCCGUUAAGAGCCGUUGAUCUGAUCUCUCCGGUGUUAUCAAACCCCCCCCCCCCCCCCCCCCCCCCCCCCCCCGGGAGUAUAGGGAUUGCAAUGGGAAAUAGAUUAGACAAUUGGGAGGCCAUCGAGUGGCGGGUGAGUCAGGGUUUUGCAAGGAAACACACAAAAACUUGAGUCAAUUAUUGUCUUGUGUGCAGUCACAGUUUUGGUUUCAAAGUGGGCGGAGUUUAAAACCAUGACGUUAUAUAAGUCAAUGGUUUUUAAGGGUACCGUGGGCGGAGUUUUGUAUCGACGAUUUUUUUUCAGUUGGCGACCUUCGUGUACAAGUGGAAGGCGUCAUGUAAGUAUAGGGGAGGCAAUCGUCGUAGAUUGUUAUCUCCUCUAAAGUGAACCAGAGACCAGGCUUGAUUGGGUGGUAGACGGUUUCAAGCUUAUCGGUUAUCGGGAGGACGAAACUGUUCAUCGAAGUGCAGCACUCAACCCGGGCGUCAUUCGGGACUUUCGUUGGGAGUCACCGAGCAGAGGAGAUCAUUGAAAGCUUGGGAGUCACGGAACUUAAGGCGAAUCACAACAGGCGGACGGCUGGACUCCCACGGGCCUUUCUCAGCAUCAGAUGGAGGACUUCGCGUUGUAUCAGACCUGGAAUACAAGUGUUCGAUAACCCGCUUUGACUUUCGUUUCGGUGAAUCUAUUUAUAGACGUUGAUGCGCCGCUCACCCCCGGUGCUUUCACUAGGUUUCAAAUGGUAGCACACAUCAGUGAUGUCAAAAUGAAAUUCCUGGAAGAGAGGCCGAGCUGCAGGUUCGCGUAUCCGGGCAUUCCCGGCAGGGAGUGUGUGGUGAGUGAGACGUAUCACAUGGAGCAGUACGUGGCGGUGUCCCACCGGACGCAGGAGUUCGCCGCCGCCAACUACCACGACUCCAUUCUCAACAGUUCCAAUCUCUACGCCCUGGUUGAGGGGCUCCCCAGCUGGCGUCUUUGUGGUAGGUGUUCACUUGAUGUAGGCAGAGGCGUAAAGAUCGGUUGUAAGGUUAUGCCGCAACCUAAAAAAAAAAAUCAAAUGAAAUUAAAUUAAAUACAUCACUAUGAAUAAUAUUAUUUUAUGAUUAUAAAGACUCACAAAGCAGUAUACAAUUUAGAAGUUAACGUAAUCAGCAGAGGAAUCUAUAAAUUAUGUCUUGUAUUUACCACACAUUUUCUUUUAGUUCAUAAAUUGAUCCAUAUAAAAUAAUCUCUAACUGUUGGUUAAUAUGGUUCAUAUUGAAGCUUUUAAGCAAUUAAGUCUUCAUCGCAAUGACUGGGGUCCUACUAGCAACAAGAAACUAAUUAAGUCAUGAUCGCGAUGACUCGGGGUCCUACCACCGUCAAGAAACAUGCACCUGCUCCUGGUUAAGAACCCGGGGUCCAUGUUAAUCUGGGUCGUUGUCCUAGUUAUGCGCUCGGUGUCCUAGUAACGUUAGCAGGGUGCAUGUAAAGACUUUUCUCUAACUAUGAACUCGGUGUCCUAGUAACGUUUGCAGGGUGCAUGUAAAGAAUUUUCUCUAACUAUGCUCUCGGUGUCCUAGUAACGUUUGCAGGGUGCAUGUAAAGACUUUUCUCUAACUAUGAACUCGGUGUCCUAGUAACGUUUGCAGGGUGCAUGUAAAGACUUUUCUCUAACUAUGAACUCGGUGUCCUAGUAACGUUUGCAGGGUGCAUGUAAAGACUUUUCUCUAACUAUGAACUCGGUGUCCUAGUAACGUUUGCAGGGUGCAUGUAAAGACUUUUCUCUAACUAUGAACUCGGUGUCCUAGUAACGUUUGCAGGGUGCAUGUAAAGACUUUUCUCUAACUAUGAACUCGGUGUCCUAGUAACGUUUGCAGGGUGCAUGUAAAGACUUUUCUCUAACUAUGAACUCGGUGUCCUAGUAACGUUUGCAGGGUGCAUGUAAAGAAUUUUCUCUAACUAUGCUCUCGGUGUCCUAGUAACGUUUGCAGGGUGCAUGUAAAGACUUUUCUCUAACUAUGAACUCGGUGUCCUAGUAACGUUUGCAGGGUGCAUGUAAAGAAUUUUCUCUAACUAUGCUCUCGGUGUCCUAGUAACGUUUGCAGGGUGCAUGUAAAGACUUUUCUCUAACUAUGAACUCGGUGUCCUAGUAACGUUUGCAGGGUGCAUGUAAAGACUUUUCUCUAACUAUGAACUCGGUGUCCUAGUAACGUUUGCAGGGUGCAUGUAAAGACUUUUCUCUAACUAUGAACUCGGUGUCCUAGUAACGUUUGCAGGGUGCAUGUAAAGACUUUUCUCUAACUAUGAACUCGGUGUCCUAGUAACGUUUGCAGGGUGCAUGUAAAGAAUUUUCUCUAACUAUGCUCUCGGUGUCCUAGUAACGUUUGCAGGGUGCAUGUAAAGACUUUUCUCUAACUAUGCGCUCGGUGUCCUAGUAACGUUUGCAGGGUGCAUGUAAAGAAUUUUCUCUAACUAUGCUCUCGGUGUCCUAGUAACGUUUGCAGGGUGCAUGCAAAGACUUUUCUCUAAUUAUGCACUCGGGGGUAUUAGUAACAUGUCUAGGGCCUUAAAGAUAUAUGGGGCGCCAGUAAUGUCUCUUGGGUCCUAUUAGCGUGUCUUAAAUCCUAGUAUCGUUUAUUGGGGGCGUGGUAACUUGUCUUGGGCCAUAAUAAUGUGUCUUGAGUCCUAGUUACUAGUAGCGUGUCUUAGAUCCUAGUAAUGUUUAUUGUGGUCUAGUAACAUGUCUUGGGCCAUAAUAAUGUGUCUGGAAUCCUUGUAAGAAAUACACAAUGCAGGCUAGAGAAAAACCUUAAAAAUCAUUUUGAGUUAAAAAGUUCACUUAAGUUUGGAGAAAGCUUAUUUCCAUUCCGUCCCUUUUUUUCCCCACGUGUUCAUUUCUUCUGUAACUAAAUCCAUCCCCUAGUCGUCGCAGUGUCAAAAAACUAACAUUUACAGAAACUCUCCUUUAAAAUAGGUUCUUGUUUUAGAGAAGACUCGUCUGAAUAAGUUUGUAUCGUGCUGUAUCUCAGGGGGAAAUGGCGUCUUAUUGCAAUUAUGUCAUCAGCGCUCAGACCCAGUGGCCAUUGGGGCAUGUGUGCCUUUCGGCCUUAUUCCAUUUAUUUGAAAGCGCACGUUGAGCUUGGGAUCGAAUGACUUAUUUUGAGACGCAGAGUCACAUAGUCGUAGAUUCACUGACGCAGAACUAGGCACACAUUUAAAGACAGGGAUUCACGGCCACAGACUCACAUCCCUUAGAUUAGAAUAGGAUUUUCACCAAUACUCCCCGGAAGAUAGUUAAAUGGAGGUGUUUUAGAUAAUGUGCUAAAACUGUGCUCCAUUUAGACAGUUAAAAGGAGUGUUUGACAUAAUGUGCUAAAACUGCUCCAUUUAGACAGUUAAAAGGAGUGUUUGACAUAAUGUGCUAAAACUGUGCUCCAUUUAGAUAGUUAAAUGGAGUGUUUGACAUAAUGUGCUAAAACUGUGCUCCAUUUAGACAGUUAAAAGGAGUGUUUGACAUAAUGUGCUAAAACUGCUCCAUUUAGACAGUUAAAAGGAGUGUUUGACAUAAUGUGCUAAAACUGUGCUCCAUUUAGAUAGUUAAAUGGAGUGUUUGACAUAAUGUGCUAAAACUGUGCUCCAUUUAGACAGUUAAAAGGAGUGUUUGACAUAAUGUGCUAAAACUGCUCCAUUUAGACAGUUAAAAGGAGUGUUUGACAUAAUGUGCUAAAACUGUGCUCCAUUUAGAUAGUUAAAUGGAGUGUUUGACAUAAUGUGCUAAAACUGUGCUCCAUUUAGAUAGUUAAAUGGAGUGUUUGACAUAAUGUGCUAAAACUGUGCUCCAUUUAGAUAGUUAAAUGGAGUGUUUGACAUAAUGUGCUAAAACUGUGCUCCAUUUAGAUAGUUAAAUGGAGUGUUUGACAUAAUGUGCUAAAACUGUGCUCCAUUUAGAUAGUUAAAUGGAGUGUUUGACAUAAUGUGCUAAAACUGUGCUCCAUUUAGAUAGUUAAAUGGAGUGUUUGACAUAAUGUGCUAAAACUGUGCUCCAUUUAUUUUGCCCAAAAUCUCAAACAUAUCUUAAAAUAAUGCUAAAAGUGCCUAACCCCAGCCUCGUGCAAUGUGCAUACAUUCACAUGAACUUCACACUCAAAGUAUUUUAGUAGGCCUUUAAGGGUUUUUUUGGUGGGUUUUUUUGUUUUUUUGUUUUUUGUUGUUUUUUUAAAUUUUUACUAAAAUCGUAUUUUUAAAACAGCUUUACAAUCAGCAAUUUCUUUCUUUUAAAGUUUUUUUUAAGAAGAAAAGAUUUUAUUCUAUAUCAUCCAUAAUAAUUAUUAACUUUUAUAUUGAAAUGAGUGAUCCGGCUGUCAUAAAUAUUGUAUAGCUACUAAAUUGACAGGAGCCCCCUCACCCCUCCCCCAACCACACGGACACAAGCUCUUCUAAUCGGACCCUAUCACCCAAAACUUUUUUUUUUAAUUGCUCUAAUUUAUUUCUGUUGUUUCUGUCAAAUUGUGCUCUUGAUUUUUUUGUUAUCUACUCAUAUAAAUAUUCCGCACUUUGCCAGCAUGAACAAAUGUUGUCUUGUUUGCCAGAAUGAACAAAUGUUGUCUUGUUUGCCAGCAUGAACAAAUGUUGUCUUGUUUGCCAGCAUGAACAAAUGUUGUCUUGUUUGCCAGCAUGAACAAAUGUUGUCUUGUUUGCCAGCAUGAACAAAUGUUGUCUUGUUUGCCAGCAUGAACAAAUGUUGUCUUGUUUGCCAGCAUGAACAAAUGUAGCAUGAACAAAUGUUGUCUUGUUUGCCAGCAUGAACAAAUGUUGUCUUGUUUGCCAGCAUGAACAAAUGUUGUCUUGUUUGCCAGCAUGAACAAAUGUUGUCUUGUUUGCCAGCAUGAACAAAUGUUGUCUUGUUGGCCUAUUUUUGGCUGGUGGUUUUUGUUAGUCUGCAUAGUUGAGAGGGAAACCAAAUAGUAUCUCACUACACCAUAGUCACCCUUGUGAGCACAAUAUCGAGAUCUAUAUAUCUGAGGGGGGACUCCCCACCCCCCAACCCAUCUCAGCUACUAGGAUACGUAAGGACCUCCCAUAUCACAAAUAGGCCCACUUCAUUUUAGUAUAGGAUUUGUUUAUGUGGAAGUUCUGUUCUCGGCGUUAAUAUCCAACACACUUUUAUUGAAAAUUGUUUUUUUUUUUUAGAUUUCGUUAGUACACAUGUUUAAUCAAAUAGAUUAUGUCAAUAGUAAUGGGAAAUCGGGCUUUUAGGCUCACUCUUGGACAGGCAGGAGAAGGACGGGCGGACAGUAUGGAUUUUUUAAAUGGAUUAAAUGAAUUAAUUCGUAAAUGCAUCAGUGUGGCGCAAAGCGCUUGUAAAUGAACACUUCCAGAAACUUGCUACUAGCUAGGCAGUCGUCAGAUAACCAUUUGAUAAGUCAGUCGCCGAAACGUUUUGAAUAGGAUACCGCAGUCCAGCGUCGUGUCGUCCCGCUCUGCAUGCGUAGAGACGUCGUCGUCCCUCGGGGUCCUGCUGUCCAUCAAGUCAGACAAGUGGUAGGCGGUACACGUAGACUUGGCAAGCGAUGAUUCACUUCGGAACGCGUAGGAUAAUUUGGAAGAACCUCCGCUACAAAAGCCCACUUGUUGGUCUCUAAGUGAGUGUGUCACAACUUGUCGGAGGGGGGGGGUGGGGGGGGCUGGAAUUUCCAUGUUAACAUCCACUCACAGCGCUGCCUCUACUCGGGGAAACCCACUUACUGAACUAUCAUCUCUUUAUGGUGGGUGAGUGCAAUCUUCUUAGAGCCGAGUCACUCGACAAUACUUUCUUGGUCCGUCAACUUUAGAGAAAAUAUAUAUAUAUAUUAUUUUGAAACACGGCGUGUGCCAGCCAGGGUCAAGGUCAAGUUUCGUUUUAUGAUUUUUUUUUUUAUUGUGUCUGAAGUGAUUAGGUGUAAAAGAACAACCGUGGAAUGUUAAGUUUGAGCUUCCUCUAACUUGUUCAUCAAGCCACGUGCAACGUUUCUGGUCAUCAAGACAAGAGACAGACGAUCUCCCUUACCAAAUAGAAAAUAAUCUUUUCUUGGUUUUUCUCUCCCUCUCUGUCGACCCUCGCACCUGUCACUAUUCAAAUCCUCCCUGUCACUAUUCAGACCCUGCCUGUCACUAUUCAAACCCUACCUGUCACUAUUCAGACCCAGCCUGUCACUAUUCAAAUCCUGCCUGUCACUAUUCAGACCCUGGCUGUCACUAUUCAAAUCCUGCCUGUCACUAUUCAGACCCUACCUGUCACUAUUCAAACCCUGCCUGUCACUAUUCAAACCCUACCUGUCACUAUUCAAACCCUGCCUGUCACUAUUUAAAGCCCGGCCUGUCACUAUUCAAAUCCUGGCUGUCACUAUUUAAACCCUGCCUGUCGCAGAUUCUUCAGCUGGAACGAGGACAAGACUGUAAAAUAGCGCUUACCAAACUGUCAAGUUUGCGACACACUUUUUAGCUGUUCAUGUUUGCGACACACUUUAUAGCUGUUCAUGUUUGCGACACACUUUAUAGCUGUUCAUCAGGUUCAUGACACACUUGAUAACUCUUCAUCAUGUUAGAGACAUACUUUAAAGCUGUUGAUCACGUUCGAGACACACUUUAAAGCUGUUGAUCAUGUUCGAGACACACUUUAAAGCUGUUGAUCAUGUUCGAGACACAAUAAGUUAGUGAGUUUUACAAGCAUACUGGGGGUUUAUCUAAAGUUGACUAAACCAUUUUUUUUAACAUCCGGGUAAAAGUACAUUAGUGCAAUAACACAAUCUAUGCUGUUACAACAUAUGUCAUGAAAACCUUUCAUUUCUAUUUUUAACAUCUCUGUGUAACAACGUUUUCUAUUUUUAACAUCUCUGUGUAACAACGUACAUUUCUAAGGUGUCUGUGAUACCCUAAUUACCCUGUGGGUAAAUCUGUGCAAGAUUUUAAAAACUCCCGAUGAAAAAAAAAUUUCUACAACUCAGUGUCUAAUAAUGAUAGAUAUAGCCCGCCAGACAUUGGCGACAGCAAUGCGUGAACGUCCCAUCUACUAAAGUUACUUGACAAAACACGAACUCAAGUAACGCACAUUUAAGAAUCCCAAUGUUUGCUACACCCCUUCCCCCAUGAUACGUCACUGCACACUUUUUAUUUCACGCUCAUGAACUAUAUUAAUAUUCUCAUGUCACAACCACUUUUAAACCGAAUAUUAUUUACACAAUACUUAAAUUGAGACGAUUUCAUUUCCGAAAAGAAAAUAUUACGCACCAACACAAGUGCGUUAUUUUUCAAAAAAAUACAUAUAUCAUAUAUACCGUAGUUAUCGGGAAUUAUAUCUUACGCGUUAGUGAACUCAUUGAACCAAACUCUGGCUAUCUAUAAAUAGCCUGCGUGGUGUUUGACCCGUCUUGUUUGACCUUUGCUGGCGAAUUAUAUAUAUAGAGAUUACCUUCUUGAAAACUUCCAACUGUGUUUUUUUGCCAAAGGAGUUUCAAUUUGCAUGUAUAUUUAGGUUAAUUUGUUAGGCACAAUACUUUCAUUGGAAUUUAUAUUUAUGUUAAUUUGUUAGGUACAAUACUUUCAUUGGAAUUUAUAUUUAGGUUAAUUUGUUAGGUACAAUGCUUACAUUUGCAUUUAUAUUAUGUUUAAUUUGUUAGGUACAAUGCUUUCAGUGGAAUUUAUAUUAAGGUUAAUUUGUUAGGUACAAUGCUUUCAGUGGAAUUUAUAUUAAGGUUAAUUUGUUAGGUACAAUGCUUUCAGUGGAAUUUAUAUUAAGGUUAAUUUGUUAGGUACAAUACUUUCAUUGGAAUUUAUAUUUAGGUUAAUUUGUUAGGUACAAUACUUACAUUUGCAUUUAUAUUAAGUUUAAUUUGUUAGGUACAAAGCUUACAUUUGCAUCUAUAUUAUGUUUAAUUUGUUAGGUACAAUGCUUUCAGUGGAAUUUAUAUUAAGGUUAAUUUGUUAGGUACAAUGCUUUCAGUGGAAUUUAUAUUAAGGUUAAUUUGUUAGGUACAAUGCUUUCAGUGAAAUUUAUAUUUAGAUUAAUUUUUUAGGUGCAAUGCUUUCAGUGGAAUUUAUAUUAAGGUUAAUUUGUUAGGUACAAUGCUUUCAGUGGAAUUUAUAUUAAGGUUAAUGUGUUAGGUACAAUGCUUACAUUUGCAUCUAUAUUAUGUUUAAUUUGUUAGGUACAAUGCUUUCAGUGGAAUUUAUAUUAAGGUUAGUUUGUUAGGUACAAUGCUUUCAGUGGAAUUUAUAUUAAGGUUAAUUUGUUAGGUACAAUGCUUUCAGUGAAAUUUAUAUUUAGAUUAAUUUUUUAGGUGCAAUGCUUUCAGUGGAAUUUAUAUUAAGGUUAAUUUGUUAGGUACAAUGCUUUCAGUGGAAUUUAUAUUAAGGUUAAUGUGUUAGGUACAAUGCUUUCAGUGGAAUUUAUAUUAAGGUUAAUUUGUUAGGUACAAUGCUUACAUUUGCAUUUAUAUUAAGGUUAAUUUGUUAGGUACAAUACUUACAUUUGCAUUUAUAUUAAGUUUAAUUUGUUAGGUACAAAGCUUACAUUUGCAUCUAUAUUAUGUUUAAUUUGUUAGGUACAAUGCUUUCAGUCGAAUUUAUAUUAAGGUUAAUUUGUUAGGUACAAUGCUUUCAGUGGAAUUUAUAUUAAGGUUAAUUUGUUAGGUACAACGCUUUCAGUGGAAUUUAUAUUUAGGUUAAUUUUUUGGUACAAUGCUUUCAUUGGAAUUUAUAUUAAGGUUAAUUUUUUGGUACAAUGCUUUCAGUGGAACUUAUAUUAAGGUUAAUUUGUUAGGUACAAAGCUUACAUUUGCAUCUAUAUUAUGUUUAAUUUGUUAGGUACAAUGCUUUCAGUGGAAUUUAUAUUAAGGUUAAUUUGUUAGGUACAAUGCUUUCAGUGGAAUUUAUAUUAAGGUUAAUUUGUUAGGUACAAUGCUUUCAGUGGAAUUUAUAUUAAGGUUAGUUUGUUAGGUACAAUGCUUUUAGUGGAAUUUAUAUUAAGGUUAAUUUGUUAGGUACAAUGCUUUCAGUGGAAUUUAUAUUUAGAUUAAUUUUUUAGGUACAAUGCUUUCAGUGGAAUUUAUAUUAAGGUUAAUUUGUUAGGUACAAUGCUUUCAGUGGAAUUUAUAUUAAGGUUAAUUUGUUAGGUACAAUGCUUUCAGUGGAAUUUAUAUUAAGGUUAAUUUGUUAGGUACAAUGCUUUCAGUGGAAUUUAUAUUUAGGUUAAUUUGUUAGGUACAAUGCUUUCAGUGGAAUUUAUAUUAAGGUUAAUUUGUUAGGUACAAUGCUUUCAGUGGAAUUUAUAUUAAGGUUAAUUUGUUAGGUACAAUGCUUUUAUUUGCAUUUAUAUUUCAGCAAACUAAACAAAUUUCGACCAGGAUUGUUUUUACAACAGAAAAUAUGAAAUAUAAACAAAACUUGAACCGAUUCUUGUUACACUUCUUUCCUAAUAGUACAGACAGUUGAACAUUUGGAGCUUGUGUAGUUUCCUCUUAUCUAUUGCAACUACAUUUUUUUCAUCGAAAAACUUUCCAGGAUUUCUUUUCUUCAUUACAGACAUACCUGUCCUACGUGUAAUGCAACACCUCUUGAUGAAUUAACUGCAUUUUUUUUUUUAAGUUAAUUUUUUAAAAUAUAUCUGAACAAUAUCUUUGCAACAACUCUGAGGAUCACUAUCAGAAAAUCCAACUUUGCGUUCAGAGAGAAGCCGGGGAAAUGUGUGCCAAAUUAAAUAUUCAGAUAGUGUGAUACCAAUCCGGAAUGAAUGACUUCAAAACAUUUUGAAAUGAAAUGCCAAAAUUUGAGGUUUACAAUUAAAAGAAUCUGGCCAUUAAAAGGCUGUACCGGCAACUGGUAAUAUAUAUUUCUAAAGGAAAGACAGCAUAACCUUGCACGAUCCAUAUGUCUGUUUGACUGCUUUGAUGUAAAAAAAUGUGUGAAUGUUGCUAUGGUUUAUUUUCACUCGACACCUACACCCUUCCUUGAUACACACCACUGUGGCUGGACACAGAGAUUGGAAAGGUCUACUAUAAGAGAACUAACAAAUAUUACUGCUCCAUGACCCUGCUAAUAACACAUUAUUUUAGCACAGCAACAUAAAAUAUUGUGAAAAGUAAAGUGUUUCUUUAUCUCAAUAUAAUAGAUGAUAAUAUGUACCUUUGAGCUUACCAUCUUACCUAUUUGAUAAAUACCAAUAAGUCUCUUAGCAUUUAAAGUCUCGUCUAUUUGAUAAAUGUCAAUAUGCCUCUUUGCAGUUAAUGUCUUGUCUAUUUGAUGAAGGGCAUAAAAAACAACUCCUUUUAAUUCUUCCCAGAAUCCCCUGAUGCAGAUGCACAAAACUUUGCUUACGGUCAAGCCAGUGGGAGGUCCCAGUCAUCCCAGACCCAGGUUGGUUCACAGGAAUGCGCCAUCUGUCGGGACAAAUCGACGGGCAAGCACUAUGGUGCCUUCAGCUGUGAUGGCUGCAAGGGCUUCUUUAGACGAAGUGUCAGGAGGAACCAUGUGUAUGCGUGCAGAUUUCACAGAAACUGUGUCGUGGACAAGGACAAACGUAACCAGUGCCGAUAUUGUCGUCUGAGAAAAUGUUUCAGAGCCGGCAUGAAAAAGGAAGGUGAGAAAUAGUUUAAUGUAACAGGUGAACUCCAUUGACCAGUAAGACGAUGUUACAAUUUGCCAGAGGGUGCACACUUUUAAAUGGGUGCAAAAUUUCAAAAGAUACAUAAUAAGAUUUGAAUACUGGGUGGAAAAGACUCAGCAGUUGUGACAGGUCCACUAAUUAGGAUGCCCAAUAGGUCAGCACCAAUGGUGUGAAAGAUCCACCAAUUAGGAUGCCCAAUAUGUCGGCAUCAAUGGUGUGAAAGGUCCACCAAUUAGGAUGCCCAAUAGGUCAGCACCAAUGGUGUGAAAGGUCCACCAAUUAGGAUGCCCAAUAGGUCAGCACCAAUGAUGUGAAAGGUCAGCAAAUUAGGAUGCCCAAUAGGUCAGCACCAAUGGUGUGAAAGGUCCACCAAUUAGGAUGCCCAAUAGGCCAGCACCAAUGGUGUGAAAGGUCCACCAAUUAGGAUGCCCAAUAGGCCAGCACCAAUGGUGUGAAAGGUCCACCAAUUAGGAUGCCCAAUAGGUCAGCACCAAUGGUGUGAAAGGUCCACCAAUUAGGAUGCCCAAUAGAUCAGCACCAAUGGUGUGAAAGGUCCACAAAUUAGGAUGCCCAAUAGGUCAGCACCAAUGGUGUGAAAGGUCCACCAAUUAGGAUGCCCAAUAGGUCAGCACCAAUGGUGUGAAAGGUCCACCAAUUAGGAUGCCCAAUAGGUCAGUACCAAUGGUGUGAAAGGUCCACCAAUUAGGAUGCCCAAUAGGUCAGCCCCAAUGCAUUUUGACACAAUUACCGAAAGUUUUAAAGGUUAAUUAUUAAAAUGCUAGAAUUUAAAUAAAAGUAAACAUCUUUUGAUGAACAAGAAAAUAAAUGAAUAAUAUUCCAGCAAAGGGCUUGGUUAAGAGAAAAUGAAAGAAGAAAAUGUGUGUUUCAUUUGUAGAUUUAGUUCCUGUGCUGCUUGCUGAAUUUAUUGAGUGCAUCCUGUCCAAAUAUCAACUGUUUGGGAUCAACUAAGGGAUCUAUUGCAGAUAUAACAUAUUUGUGUGGCAUGAUCUAUGACAUGGAAUUUAUCACUUUGGUGGUAUUUAAAAAAUUACUUAGUAAGUAUUCUUAAACACCUCAAAAGACUUUAAUUUUUUAGAUGAAUGUAGGUAAUAUUUAAUCUUGCCUGUUCCAGCUGUCCAGAAUGAGAGAGACAGAAUCAGUGUGAGGAGGACCAGUUACGAAGAUGUCACACAAAGUAAUUCUUUGUCAGUCAGCACUCUGCUCAAUGCUGAGACAGUGUCACGGCAACAGGUGCGUGAGUAGACUCUAAAUCACCCCUUCCCAGUGGGCUACUGUGGUUGACUUUGUACAUCACCCCUUCCCAGUGGGCUACUGUGGUUGACUUUGUACCGUGCUUCAAGCUUUUGGGGAUGAAGUGUGUUUUUCAAAUAAACUUUAUUAUUAUUAUUGUUAUUACUUUAACUAAAUGCUACCCGGGGCGAACUCCGAAAAUUAUCUGUAUUCACAGUAUAGCAGUGCUUCUAAUACAAGUAUGAGGCAUUAUUAAUUUUAAUGUUAAAUAUAAUGCCAAAAAGAGUUCAUUACUUUGCAAGUAUGAAAAAACUUCUCAGCUUCAGCUCAAAGCCUCAAACAUGAACAAUCUCAAAGUAUAAUUAAAGUCUAUAAUAUUUUUCAUUACAUUUUUUUUUUUUAUUUUAUGGGCGUCUACUGAAGAGGAUUGAUAUGUAAUGGUUGGAGGAGUGGUGUGGAAUUAUUAAAAAUGAGAAAGUGUUUAUGAUGGUGGCUCACCUGUACUUCUCAUCUUUUUGCUCAGGGUGUAACAGCAUUAAAAAAAUCAUUUCUUUUUCUAAUGGUUGAAGACAGGGACUUGUUAAAAAUAAUGUUACUACAACGUUCCUUGUUGAGAAAUUUUUCAACAAUGCACGAUAAGCGUUCGUGGUAAAAAAAAAAAAUUGUGUUUAGGUUUGGUCUGAGUGGAAGGAAGUAGCGAGGCAGGCCAAAGCCCUACAUGGGCUGUAGCGCCACAGGGAUGGAUGGAUGAUGAAUUUUUACCCUGCAAGUAAUUUAUUAAGAAACUAUUGACAAUAAAAAUGGCAUCCAGCUCAGCCCCCUUAUCAAACUUCUGCUUAGAACUGACCACUUGUUAACUGCAUUGGGGCAAAUGCAGAUUGAUUUACAGAUGUCGCAACAGUUGAUGGGGGAUUACAGAAAUCGUCGUUCGGCCACUCUGGAAGAUGUGGUGGAGUCCAUGAAACAACAGUUGCUGGUGCUGGUGGAGUGGGCCAAACUGAUUCCAUGCUUCAGCGAGCUGCCACUAGAUGAUCAGGUAGGGCUGUUCACCUCACCAUGUUGGUCGCAUGUGUGCGCGCAACUAUCAUGUUAUUCAUCACACAUUGUGCACAAGCCGUAUGUUAGAAUGCAUGUUUGUUACCGGUAUGUAAACCUACAAAGUUUUUGCGAACCCAAAUGUAUGUUGGUGGAAAUUUCUUGACAGUAUGGUAACUUUAAACAAUGUUAAUAUUUAAUUUAAAGAUUUGUCUAGAAAUAAUUUUUAAGAUUACAUUUCAUCAAGUCUUUACAAAGUUUGCCUGGGAUGUAGAAGCCCCAAGUCGUUCAUCAUAACAUUCAAUUAAAAUGCUAGGAACCAGUUCAUCUGUCACAUCAUUGAAUAAAAUAGAAAUGAUAAUCUGUUUCCCUGUCUCUUGUUCUCAAGGUGGCACUACUCCGGGCCCAUGCUGGUGAGCACCUGAUAUUGGGUGUGGCAAAACGGUCAGUGUCCUUGACUGAGGUAUUGUUACUGAGCAACGAAUCGAUCAUCACCAGACAAAAUGCAGAUCCGGAUGUGGGUCACGUGGCAAGUAGAAUCCUAGACGAGAUUGUUUCACCAAUGAGAGAAAUCCAAGUGGAUGACUCUGAAUUUGCCUGUCUCAAAACUUUAGUUUUUUUUGACCCAGGUACUCUUGGUAAAAAUUGGAUAAAAGUUAGAAUGUGUGUUAAUUAGUGCAUUACUAAAUCUGAACAAAUUAAAUAACUAUAUAGUGCUACUGCACUAAAAAAAACUAUAAACAUAUCUGUGAACUGCUGAUGGUAAUCAUAACUAUAAACUUUAUGCAUAUCUAUAGACUGACAAUAGCUAAAAUUGCAAAUUACCACAUCUAUUAAAAAAACAUGUUAUUUGACUAUAAUAAUAAACUAUUACCAUAUCUACAAACUGUAACUCUUAACUAUAACUAUAACUAAACUUAUCAUAACUAUAAACUAAAGUUAUGAAUCACUACCAUAGCCAUUAACUAUUUACUGCCAACUAAACUAUCGCCAUAUUUAUAAACUAUAACUAAAAUAGAACUUAGCUAUUAACAUAAUCAUAAUCUAUAACUAAAAUAGAACUAAGCUAUUAACAUAUUUAUAAACUAUAACUAAAAUAGAACUUAGCUAUUAACAUAUUUAUAAACUAUAACUAAAAUAGAACUAAGCUAUUAACAUAUUCAUAAACUAUAACUAUAAUAGAACUAAGCUAUUAACAUAUUCAUAAACUAUAACUAUAAUAGAACUAAGCUAUUAACAUAUUCAUAAACUAUAACUAAAAUAGAACUAAGCUAUUAACAUAUUUAUAAACUAUAACUAAAAUAGAAAUAAGCUAUUAACAUAUUCAUAAAAUAGAACUAAAAUAGAACUAAGCUAUUAAUAUAUUUAUUAACUAUUGCCAUAUCUAUUAAAUAUAACUCAAAUACAACUAACCUGUCAACAUACCUUUGGACUGUAAUAAUAACUAUUGCCAUAUCCAAAGACUAUAGCCAAUAGCUCUAACCCCAUUUAAUGUAUUGCAUCUUUCAGUGGCCCCAGGUUUAACCAACAUUGCCAAGGUUAAACAGUUUCGCUACCAGGUCCAGGUCAACCUUGAAGACUACAUCAAUGACCGGCAGUACGACAGCCGUGGACGUUUCGGUGAAAUCCUUCUGUUGUUGCCAUCCCUGCAGAGCAUUUGUUGGAAGAUGAUAGAACAGAUCCAGUUUGCCAAGUUGUUUGGUAUGGCCAGAAUCGACAAUCUGUUGCAGGAAAUGUUGCUUGGAGGUCAGACCCCAUCUGUUUUAUCAGCCUAUCUUUCUUUAACUUUAUGAACUCUCAUCAGCCAUAUGGCUGCUCCUGUGGUGUUAUGGCCGAUUAUUAUAAUCAGCCUCUACUAAAAUUAUUAUAAUGGAUGCAGAUCAGAAGGUUAACUAGAUUGACUUCUUAUUUGUAGAAAACUCAGGCAAAUAUUGCAUGUGUUAAUUUUAUUUUAAAUUUUGGAUCGAACUGGAGGUUUUGGUUUAUUUUAAACGAAUGUGUAGCUCUCAGAUGUCUGCCCUGCGAAUGUGUAGCUCUCAGAUGUCUGCCCUGCAAAGCAAUAGCCUUAUUUAUUGGAAUUAUUUCUUUAUGAAAUAAAUUACUCAUGGCAGUGAUAGUUACAAUAGUAGAGCUAGGUUUAAGAAAUUAAUUGUUGGCAUUACUCAUGGCAGUUAUAAGAGAGGAAAGUUGUGGAAAAUAAGUUACUAAUGAAUAUAAUAAGCAUUAUAUAAAGAAAUAUAUAGGUCACCGAUGAAGGUACCGGUAUUAUUUGUUUAAAUUUCAAUCAACCCAAAUAACUUUAUAUAUUCUAAAACUUUAAAAAAUAAUAUUAAUAAUUUAUAGGCCUGAUAAACUUAUUUAGAUGAUAAAAGUACCCAACAGUCAGUGUGGGUGUGAGCUGAAGAAAGAUCAACAGUAGCACAAUUGUAAUCAGUUUAAUUGUCAAUGUCAUAUUCAUUUCACACACCUCGCAUAAUUCCAGCUUUCACACCACAUGAUUCCUUGUCAAAUUUACCAUCAGAAUAUCUAUACUUGUAUCUUCUAUUGGUCUCUGGAUUUAUCCUCCAUUAGUUUUUGUAUUUUAGUGAUACAUAUCAAAGUUACUUUAAAAGAAAGUGUUGACACCACAGCAUGUUUGACAGUACAAGGGUUAAAUAUACCAGCAGGAAAUGUUGGGUGAUUGUUAGGUUUAUAUUACCUGGGCCACAGUGAGAGAAAUCUGUCAUUUUUACAUAUUAUUUAUUUCUACUAUUUGUCUUUACAUAUCUGAUAUUACAAUAUCUGCUGUUCUUUUUUGCACAGGUUCUAAUGCAGCUGAAGCCACUGACCCUGUCAAUAAUCCAGUGUUGAACAGUCCAUCUGGAGCCAUCGUCACCUCAUCCCCAAUGGAUGACAUGAUGGGCAUCGGGCCGGCUGGAGAGGCCUUGAACCUGAUGGCAGGAUCCGCCGGCAAUGACUACAGUGACCUGGCCAGCAACCCCAGCCUGGAGGCCAGCCACAUCAUGCUGAGCUUGGCCGAACAAACACUGUCAAGGACACAACUCAUGUCAAAUCCAAUGGAUGGCAUGGGUCAAGUCAGCAUGUCUUCCAUGCUGAUCAAGUCUGAACAAAUUCACCACAUGCAACCCUCUCAGGCCUCCAUCAUAGUCAGCGACGGCGACGAGUUGUGUGUGGUGGGGGGAGAUGAGCUGCGAGUAGGAGCCACCGCCAAAUAUAAAGGGACAAUAUCGCAGUCGUCCAGAACCGCUCACUUCAAACAGGAGGCCAUUUAAGUUUUUUUUUUUUUUGGAGGUUGCUUGGUUUUGUCAAACCAAGCUGCUUAGUUUAUUUUUAGGAGGUACAAGAUGUUGUUUUAAAAUGUUGGGCUCAAAUGUCCUGAUGACACUCAGUAAGACCGAGUUACAGCAUUAUUGUUGUAAGUCUGAACAAUAGUAUCCAAUGCAAGGAUAAUUUAACUAUUGUGACUUUUGAGGAGAAAUUUGUCCAGAGGAAAGGUAUGGUAUUUGAAUAAUGUUUCCAAAUAUAUUUGUUGGUCAAUAUUAGCAUAUAAAACUAUGGAACUGACAACAAUAUCUCAUGGAGUAUUUGCAUGUAGAAUUAUUUAUAAUUUGUUUCGUUUUUUUGGGGUUUUUUUAAGUUUGAAAAGUCACAUGAAACUGUGAUGAGCUGAGCCUGCCAUUUAUUGUACCCAUGAAGAUUGUUCAUGUCAGUUCAUUGAACUGUUUUAACAAACAUGCCAUUUUUAUGCUGCAUUGUCUGCUACCUAACACACCGCCAUACCAUGGCUGUAAAUAGAAUCAACUCUCACUUCUUCAUAAUGUCCAUUUGAUCUUGACACUUUAUUUUUUCAAACUGCACAUUUUCUUUUUUUUGGGUAGUUUCCAUCAUAAGAAAUUAUAAGUAUUUAUAAGCAAUCAAAAGCAUAUAUAUGAUGAGUGUAAUUAAACAUGAUGAAAUUGAAAAAAUAUAAAUCAGACCCUUAUAUAAAUAUGUAUAUAAAAUAUGUAAGCCAGAUAUAAAAAAACAAAAGCCUUACAUAAGUUGAAACACGUAUCAACCUGCUAAUGUAUUUUUCUAAAUCUAUUCAUACCCUCAUGUUAAAUGUAAUUGAAUACCAUAUUUAGACAAACACAUUUUGUACCAGUUUAUUGGGGCCUUCCUUCUCUGAUUUUAAUUUAAAAAAUUUUAAUAUAUUCACUGUGUCAACUAUUAUUGUAACAGUUUAACAUGUUAAUUUCAGUAGCGCAAUCUGUCAUCAUUCUAUACAUUGGGCGUUUACCACCACCAUUUCAUCUAGAUAGCAAGUGUCAUUCUAACAGUUUAACAUGUUAAUUUCAGUAGCGCAAUCUGUCAACAUUCUAUCUAUACAUUGAGUGUUUACCACCAUCAUUUCAUCUAGAUAGCAAGUGUAAUUUUCCACACAGCUUUGGAAGACUUCAACAAUGCAUGUCAAAUCAAGACAUGAUUUUACACACAAUUUACUUAAAGUAGCAUUUAAACACAGAAUCCGUUAUUACUUUGAUAUCUCUCAAUGUGAAUUUAAUAUCAGUGUGAAAAUGAGGCAUACAACCUAAUGUAUGUGUAUGUAUAAGUAUUAAACAACCUUGCCAGAAAUGACAGAGUCAAGAGUACUUAACACUGUGACUGCCUCACAAAGUCAUCUUCUUAUCAUUGUUUAUUUCAUCAUUGCUGAAUACUCUUCUUUUCCAAAAGUAUUUCAGUUUUAAGUAGACUGAACUUGUAAAAUAAUUGUUCAACUAAUAAUAAAUUGAAAUGUUAUAUUUUAUAAUACACUUUAUUGUAUUGAGUAGGAUGUUUCAGAUUUGUUGAUGUAUAGACAAGGGGAGUAACCUCUUGUCUUUUAAUGUUAAAGCUUUUUCAAUGUGAUUAUCGUGCCUUAAUUGAAAACUGCUCAAAUUAAUGUUAAAAUUGCUUCAGCUUAUCAACAUGGGCCUGUAUAUGUUCACAUUUUCCUUGAAGUAGUCAAUUUCAAAUCAGUUCCACAAUACCUACAGGGGUACGUUACAUUCAUUAAGACAUAAAAGCCAACCUCUAGAAGGCAAGACCUUGCACACAGAUGGCCCAAAAACUAAAUACCAACAAACAGAACAAACUAUGUCCUGAUUACACCUAGCCAACAGCUGAGGUGAAUUUUAUUGUCAAUGUCAGACUGUAUUUUGGAAAAAAUUGGGUUCAGUUGAAUAUAUCGUAUUAUAAAGUUUAUUAAAGAGUGCAAGACAGAAUGUAACAGAUAUUAACUUCACUGCUGUCUGAGUACUGCACUAAUUUAUCCCAAACCACCAGUUAAAGUAGAUCUUGCAAUCUCAAGCAGGAUCAUAUAACAAUGUCUAUAAAUAUAGGAUGUGUGCCAAAUACAUUCUCACAGCAACUACUCUAAAACUUAACUCACUGUAAGACGUCUGAGUCUUUUUGAAAUUAUUCCUCCAAAUACCAGACAUGUUGGCACAAGGAGACACAAUUCUGUGGUUUCCAUUCUGUGCUAUUGCUCACUCAUGGUCCAGUCAGACCAAAGGGCUGUAAUUAUCCAAUGUUUCAAAGCUUUGUCGUCAUCCAAUGUCUCACUGCUUGUUAGCUAAAACUGUUAAAAUGUCAGCGUCAGUGCAGCCCUAUUGACCAAGUGAAUGUUUGCAGGCUUUGAUAAAGAGACUGAAUAUACCUAAGUUGUACACAAAGUAUCGGUUACACUUGGCAUGCUUGCUAAUGAAACUUCACUGGAAAUAAAAUGUUGUUAAUAGUUUUGAUGCCUUUUUAACUGAGGGUCACAUUUUAUAUGAUCAUCUUGCUGGCCAAAUGUGUAAUUUUUGUGAAAUGCUUUAAAAUUUGUUCUGUUUUUUUUGUAACACAGAUUUUAUAGAGGCAAAAAUGUAUUUUCAACAUCUCUCUUUUACUCUUUUGAAAGAUUUAUGUAUAUGGCAAUAAUGGCAUUAUACAUAACUCAUUUUCAAAUGUUGAUUUGCUCAUUUCAUCUGUCUGUAUGCUAUUACGGUCUUAUAAAACUAUUAAAAUCUUACAACUGAUUUAGUAGAUGUGUGACUUGUUUCUCUGGCUUUAACUUUAAAGUGGUCUAGAUUGGCCAUAAUCAAUGAUCUGUGCUUAAUUCCCAUAACAGCUGUGAGUUCAUAUCCUGUUUAUUUUAAAGCUGGUUCGUUACUCGUCUACAUCAUGUGAGACAGACAACCACUCAUGGGGAAGUUAAAUUAUUUUGUAUUUUUUAAUUAAUGAUAAUACUAACCUUAUAAAAAUAUUUCAUUUUUAAAGUUUGUAAUGGCAUUAGAUUUUUAGAAGCAAUUUACUUUGAAUAUUUUCACCCUCUUUUAGAAUGUCCCAGUACUGGUAUUAGAUGGUC